AUGCUAUUUGAAAAAUUGAGAAAUAACAACUAUGGGGAUGAAAAUGAAAAAAAUAUAAAAUGGUUUUGCUUUAUGAAAUAUAUUCGUUUGUUCUAUUGUUUUUGCUCUGUGAUUUUUUUAGUGGGUUUUUCUUAUACAAUAAAUGGAAAUAGGGGAAUUAUUUAUUUAGUUUUUUCUUUUUUCCCUAGUUUUUUUUACUUAUAUUUAUUUAAAAGAAAAAUAAGAAGAAAAAUUAACAUUUUGAAUAUUAUUGAAAUGAUUUUAUAUGGAUCUACUAUAUCUACUUUUUUUGCGAGCUUUUUAGAAUAUUUCUUAACAUUUUACUUUUUUUAUUUUUGUUCCAUUUGUCUUAUGAAGGAAAUAAAUGAAUCUCUUCUUUUUGUGUGUUCAAUAAUUUUAUUUUUUUAUUUUUUUUUCAUUAUAGCAUAUGUAGAAGAAAUUUCUAAAAUUAUUCCUAUGAUUUUUAUACAUAGAAAUAUAGAAAGAAAUGGAAAUGAUUAUACAGAAAUACCAUUAUUCGAUAGAAAUACUUAUCUAAUUGAAAAUAUAUAUGAGGAAGAAUGCGAAAAAAAAGAAACUAAAAUAAAAAAAUUUAAAUAUAUAAAUGUAAAUGACAUUUUAGAAUUUAUAUUUUUUUCUUUGUGCUCAUCAGCAGGGUUCUCAAGUACUGAAAACUUAUUUUACUCUUCCCAUACAACGAAGGAAAACUUUGUUUCAAUUUUAAUAUUAAGAAAUCUAACAUGUGUAUUAUUUCAUAUGUGUUGUUCAGGGUUAUCUUCUUAUAAUUUAUUUAACUAUUUGAAUAAUAAAAAUAGGAGUUUUUUAAAUUUUAUAGGAAUAUUAAGCUCUUUAUUUACUGCUUCAUUAUUUCAUGCUGUAUAUAACUAUUCUAUAUAUUUUGCAUCGUUAAAUAUACCUAUUUACCAAAUUUUUUUUUUAACAAUUUUGUUUAUUUAUUGUUUUCUUUCUAUUCUACUUAUGUUUUUUUCUGUAGUUAAAAGUAUCAUUUAA